UCCCUCCUCCGCCUCAUCCUCCGCCUGUCGCCAUGGUGCAGAUGAUGGAGUCUCAGUGCGAGUAUUUCAUGUAUUUUCCGGCAGUUCCCAUCACGGACCUGUCCGACCCGGCCCGGUACCGAACACUUCCCCGGCGGAGCCACCUCUAUCUGGGGGAGACGGUCCGCUUCCUCCUGGUGCUGCGAUGCAGGGACGCAAGGGCGACGCCGACCGAGCAGGGCCACGCAGGAGACGCUCCGUCAGCAGGUUUCGGGACCGAGUCGUCCAGCAGUCGGGCCUGGAGAGAGCUGGCUGGAUCGUUGUGUGCCGUGGCCAGCGUGAGUCCAGGUGAGAGCAGCCGCCAUCGGGCCAACCAGCACUACCACGACUAUGCCAGCAGUGGGGACGAGGGUGCGGAUGAGGGUGAGGAGGACUACAUUGCGGCGGCUGAGGCAGCCAUCGCGGCGCUGGGGAGCAGGAUGGACUCGCGUUGUCGGCCCUUCCGAGACUGCAAGCCUUUGCUGAUACACAACUCAUGCGGCUCUGCGGCGAGGGACUUCCGCAGGGUGCCACUUCAGUCUCCACUGGACGACCCAGUAGUUCUGGCAGAUGAAGUAAUCUUCCCGCUCACGGUCUCCUUGGACAAACUCCCCGUCAGCACCGUAAAAGUCAAGGUGAUGGUCACGGUGUGGAAGAAGGAGGCGGAGCAAGUGGAGGUGCAGGAGUUAGGCUACCUGAGUGUCCUACAGCAACGGGACCCAUCACACACCUUCAGACACGACCUGAACACUUUCAAGGCUCAAGUGAGCACAACCCUCACCGUCCUGCCGCCACCCGCCAUCCGCUGCAAGCUGAUGAGUGUCUCAGGGCGCCAUCUGGCUGUCCUCAAAGUGCUGAACAAUUCAUCACAGGAGGAGGUGAGUGUGCGGGAUGUUCGUAUUCUACCGGACCUCAACGCCUCGUACCUACCAAUGAUGCCCGACGGCUCUGUGCUACUGGUGGACAAUGUGUGCCACCAUUCUGGUGAGGUGGGCAUGGCGUCUUUCUGCAAGGUCGACAGUGUGGCUUGCUGCCUUCCUAGCAUGCUCGGUGCCUUGGAGGAGCAUGACUUCCUGUUCCAGCUGCACUUGAACGACAUGCCUCAGGAUGAGUCCAAUGAGGGGAUGGAGGUUCCUCUCGUAGCUGUGCUGCAGUGGUCAACUCCCAAGAUGCCAUUCACCAACUGUAUCUACACUCACUACAGGUUGCCUAGUGUCCGUCUGGACCGCCCAAGGUUUGUGAUGACGGCCAGUUGUCCGAGCACCGUCAAUGUCAAGGAGCACUUUAAAGUCAAAUACGUACUGCUCAACAACCUGCAGGACUUCCUGUCGGUGCGACUUGUGUGGACUCCAGAAGGUCGUGGUCAGAGCGAGGACGCCACGCUGGCAGCGGUUGUCUGCCACACUCCCUUCAGUAACCUGGGCCACUGUCGCAAAGGAAGCACCCUGUCCUUCAGUGUGGCCUUCCAGAUCCUCAGACCAGGACUGUAUGAGCUGAGUCAGCACAUGAAGCUCAAACUCCAGUUCACCGCAUCUGUCGCUAACCCGCCGCCUGACGCUAGGCCGCUCUCACGUAAAAACAGCCCAUCCAGUCCGGCAGUCCGAGACCUGCUGGACCGUCACCAGGCCAGUUUGGGUCGAUCCCAGUCCUUCUCCCACCAGCAGCCGUCUCGCUCCCACAUCAUGAGGACGGGCAGCGCCAUGGAGCGGCGUGCCAUCACACCUCCUGUGGGCUCUCCUGUGGGUCGGCCACUGUACUUGCCACCGCAGGACAAAAGCCUACUAUCAUUGGACAAGAUCGCCAAGAGGGAGUGUAAAGUUUUGGUGGUGGAUCCUAGCCACGAGGGUGACGUCUAAGAGGACAUCUUGUCAGUGUUAUGGGUCUGCAUCAGUAUUAAUGUCAGCAUUAAUAAACAACAAUGCAAUGGAGCAUCCAGGUGUGUAUGUAUUGAACAAGUCAUUCAAAUGUUUUGGCCCUUUGGAAGAACGUGAAAGGUGUGCCAUCAGGAAUGCCAUCAACCACGAAGUCAUAGUAGA